AUCUCCAUCAAGCCAGUCAGAGGACUCCGAACCGCGAUGAGGCAAAGGUGGACCAGUAGACUCCUGUCAGCUCAACAAGGAAAGACGGCAACCGGAUUAGCUCUUGACAUGGCCAAGGAGAACGCAGGUCUCUUAUCAUGCCGAACGCCACUGUCCUUCCAGGAAUGGCACUUUCUCCACAAGGCUAGACUAGGGAUACUGCCAGUCCGAGGACUGAUGGCGGAGGAAACGGAGAAACUUGGCCACACCGUCUCCGUCAACCUCGCCGUGGACAACUCCGGACUCAGACCAGACCUGGUGGUCACUUCCACCAACCCUCCCAUCAUCAUCGACGUCACGGUUCCACUCAGCAGCGCGGAUGGACUCGAGAAGGCACAGGCAAGGAAAAUUGAAAAGUACAAACACCUUGGUGUGGUACUCCCUCUCGUGGUUGGUUCACUAGGGUCCUGGCUCCCAAGCAACGAUGAGAUAUGUCUUGCCCUGGGAUUCUCGGGUAGAAAAUGGCAGAGCCUCAAGAAGAAGAUGAAACUACUGGCCAUCCAAGGAACAACCCAAAUCAUAGCCAAACACCUGGCAUACCAGACCGAAGCAAGCGAUCCCGAACCCGAAGAAGAAGAAGCAGAAGAGGGCGCAAGUCCUCCCUCUUCCUCAAACUAAGGGUUUUUUAACGUAGCGUUGACACGUCGUCUCGCGUACUUUUUCCCUUCAAACUCAAUUAAAAUAAAUCAUUGUAUAUAUGUUUAUUCCCAGUCCUUUGGAAAAUA